AAUGUGUAUCAUUUCUACAAACGUUGCCGAGACAUCACUUACUAUUCCAAAUAUUAGAUAUGUAGUCGAUUCUGGUAAAGAAAAAAGGCGAGAUUUUGAUCCUAUCACGGGUGUAUCACGUUUUGUUGUUGAUUGUUGUUCAAAAGCUUCUGCUAAUCAGCGCUCUGGGCGUGCGGGAAGAGUUAUGUCUGGAUAUGCAUUCAGACUUUAUUCGUCUUCCGUUUUUGAGGAUAUGCCCAGCUUCUCUACGCCUGAAAUUUUGAAUAAACCUAUUGAACAGCUUGUACUUUUUCUAAAGUCUAUGGGCUUUGCCAAACUUACCAAUUUUCCAUUCCCGACUCCACCAAAGCCUGACCAAAUUUCUCAUGCAGAAAAUAAGUUGAUGCGACUGGGUGCAAUUACACAUAAAAAUAAGGCAUGUUUUUACUCUGAUUUUUGA